AUGGAAUGUGACCUCUCUCUAAAUGAUAACUUCAUUGGAUACAACAACGAUCUCAGUGACCUAAACUCUCCUAACUACCUUCUUUUCAAAUCAGGCGGUCUCGCCACGGAAGCGUACAACGAAAUACAUAGAGUGACGGAAUUAUUAGGGCUAGGCCUACACGAGGCUAUCAAUUUCACGGCUUGCGAUAUUUUGUAUAAAUUGUAUGAUAGCGGUAGCUUAGGUGAGGGGGAGAAUUUAAUAGCUGUCUGUGCCGCUUCCGUUUCAUGGGCUUGUCGUGAGUUUAAACUAUCUCGAACGUUGAAUGAGAUAUCGACGGUCACCGGUGUUGAACCAAAGGUUAUAAACAAAGGUUUUUUGACGAUAAACAAAGUUAUAGGGUCAGAUGAAGGCUUCUUGGCUGAUGAGUAUGAGAUUAUAAAGAUCGGAGAACUGGUUCCCCGGUUUUGUUCCAAACUUGAGAUAAGUUUUAGAGAGUCCAAGGCAAUUAGAGAUGCCGUUGAGGCAGCUGAGAAAUUCGAUAUUUGGAGAAACCGUAUAUCUGUUCUUGGGGGUGUUAUAUUCAUGGUCUCUCAGAUAUCGCAGACAAAAAAGAAAGCUAUUCGAGAAACUGGAACGGUUGUGGAUGUCACGGAGAAUACCAUCAAAAACUCGGUUAGGGAUAUGUAUCCAUAUGUGUUGGAGAUCAUACCCAAAUGGUAUGCAUGUGAAGAAGAGAUAAUCAAGAACAUAGGAGCUAUCAUAAGUUCUUGGGAUUGA